UCGAAGACGAGAAAAGUGGUUAGAAAAUUAGAUAAAAGGUUGAUGUUUGAGUGUUCAGGAUUCCGUGACCCUUUGAACGCACCUGUCGUCAGCGUCACAGUGCGCAUGAGCAAGUUAAGUGAAAGCUGGCGCGAAACAACUAUAGUUGGGAUUGAGAACUCCUUUCUACUAAGCCUAAACGAGCCAAUGAUAAAAGUACAUUAUACCACAGUUCAGCCAUUUAAACUGGUCAAACAGAAGAAGUACCUCUCUGGAUUUUAAACAACAACAACUAUUUUCGUCUAUGCUGCUGCCGACUGACGCCAGAGGACAGAAUGCCUUCACUGACUCUCAGCGGAGUGACUGUAAAUUUCCCUUUUUCUCCGUACGAAUGUCAGAAGGCAUACAUGAACAAAGUAAUCGAAUGUCUUCAGAAGACACACUAAAUCCCCAGGAGGAUUGGCCAGAGAGGGAAAAAGUGUUGGUGAAAUGGAGAAAGUCAAUGGUGUUCUGGAGAGCCCCACAGGCACAGGUAAGACUUUGUGCCUGCUGUGCGCCACCCUGGCCUGGAGGGAGAACUUCAAGGACACCAUCUCUGCCCGGAAGAUAGCAGAGAGGCUGGGCAAGGAGAUGUUUCCAAACACACCUCUGUCUUCCUGGGGGACAGCUGCCACUGAUGGUGACAAACCAACCUACUACACUGAUGUCCCCAAGAUCGUAUACGCAUCGAGGACACAUUCUCAGCUUGCACAAGUUAUUAGUGAGUUAAAGAACACUUCAUACAGGCCAAAGGUGUGUGUGCUGGGCUCAAGAGAGCAGUUGUGUAUUAACCAGGAAGUCAUGCGUCAGGAGAGCAACCACGUCAAAGUUCAUAUGUGCAGAGGAAAAGUUUCCACCAGGUCAUGUGUUUACUACAACAAUGUUGAAGAAAAGAGCACUGACAGAGAUUUGGUUAAUUCCAUCCUCGAUGUGGAAGAUUUGGUCCAAUUUGGCACCAAACAGAGAGUCUGUCCUUACUACCUGUCCCGUUCACUGAAACAACAAGCAGAUGUCAUUUUUAUGCCAUACAACUACCUGCUAGAUCCAAAGAGCCGCAAGGCACACAACAUUGACCUGAAUGGAGCUGUGGUUAUCUUUGACGAAGCUCACAAUGUGGAGAAGACAUGUGAGGAAUCAACAUCGUUUGAUCUGACUCCCUAUGAUGUAGCCUCGGCCAUCAAUGCUGUGGACAGGCUGCUUGUGGAGCAGGCUAAAGAAAUCAGCCACAAAGACUCUGUGAAUGAAGACGUCAAUGUAGAAUCCCUCAGCUCUGGUUUAAAAUUAGAUUUGUCCACCAUCGCUAAAAUCAAACAGAUACUACUGGAUCUGGAAGCUGCCAUUGAUUCCUAUGAUCCAAGUGAUAAAGGCAUUACCAAACCUGGAAUCUUCAUCUAUGAGGUGUUAGAAAGAGCUCAUCUGACCUACAGCAACAAGACGGCAGUCUAUGAAGCUCUGGAGCAGAUCAGUGGAUACCUGGCAGGACAGCCCGGAAUAUUCCUCAAUACAAGUGGACUCCAGAAGCUGUCUGAUAUCAUACAGCUGGUAUUUUGUGGUGAACCAUCAGAGAAGGACAGACGGCACCAGAUGGAGACCAACACGGCUCAUUUUAAGGUUCAUAUCCAUCGGGACAACAGCGUUCACAAAAAGAAACAGAGUGUUGAUGUGUGGGCUUCAUCUUCAUCAAAAAAACAAGGAAAUAUUCUGAGUUACUGGUGCUUCUCUCCGGGCUUCAGUAUGCAGGAUCUGGUGAAUCAAGGCGUUCGCUGCAUCAUUCUGACCAGUGGUACCCUCUCUCCCCUGUCGUCUUUCACAUCUGAGAUGAGAAUAGAAUUCCCAGUACGUCUGGAGAACAGCCAUGUGAUUGAGCGGGACCAGAUCUUUGUGAGCAUCAUUGCACAAGGGCCUGAUGGAGCGCACCUAAGUUCAGCGUUUGAUCGGAGGUUUGUUCCUGAAAACAUGGCGUCUUUGGGCAACACUGUUGCUAACCUGAGCCGUGUGGUUCCUCACGGACUUUUAGUAUUUUUCCCUUCCUUCCCUUUAAUGGAAAAAACAUUGGAAUUCUGGAAAGCUAACGGACAUGCAAACCGCAUUGAGAACAUAAAGCCCAUGUUUGUUGAACCUAAAGGGAAGGGCACCUUUAAUGACGUUAUUGAUGGUUAUUACAGCAAAGUCAAUGAUCCAGCAUCCAAAGGAGGAUCCUUCUUUGCUGUGUGUCGAGGGAAGGCGAGCGAGGGUCUGGAUUUUGCAGACACCUAUGGUCGGGGUGUCAUCAUCACUGGCCUUCCUUUCCCUCCAAAGAACGACCCUCGAGUCAUCCUGAAAAUGCAAUUUCUGGAUGAGAUGAAUCGAAAGAAAGCUCCAGGGCUCAAGUACUUAUCAGGGCAAGACUGGUACAAACAGCAGGCUUUCAGAGCUGUGAAUCAGGCCAUCGGUAGAGUGAUUCGUCACAAGGAAGACUAUGGAGCGAUCUUCUUGUGUGAUCAGAGAUUUAAAAGUGCUGAUGCCCGGGCUCAGCUUCCAUCGUGGGUGAGGUCGUAUGUGCGCCUCUGUGACAGCUUUGGCAACGUGGUCCGUGAUGUUUCGCAGUUCUUCAGGAUUGCACAAAAAAUGAGGCCUGUGGUUGAGAAGAAGGCUCCAGCAGACAACUGUGCGACUGUGUGUUCAUCAGACACUCAGUCCUCCAGUUUCACCUCUUGCUCCUCCUCGCAAACGUCUCACACCCAGAAGGCCAAAGUGUUGGACACCUGCCUUCCCAGCCUGAAGAAGAGGAGACUCAAUGAGAACAGUGGAGCCAGUGGAAUGGCCAGCAUCUGCCAUGAGUAUGAGAGUGAGGUGCUGGACAAUCAGAGGAGACCAGCCAACCUGCUGGAUGCUUUGGAGCAAGGCAACCACAGCACUGGAGAGGACAGUGGUUUUACCAUGGGAGAGGAAAAGGCAAAUCAUUUGUCCACACUGUCUCUUCAAUACGAUAAGAGGAUGGAGGAUGAGUUGCGGGGUGGAAAACGUAAAAUCAAGUUGGUCCAAGAACAGAAGCCGAGUGUCUCUGAGGAUUUGUCUGAAGAAGGAAAAGCCAGCAGGGCUAAGAAAUUCCUGGCGGACAUGAAGAAGUCCCUGAGUCAGGUCAGCUUUGACCGCAUCAUACAGGCUCUGCAGACCUACAAAAAGACCGACGACCUGGAUCAGCUGCUGACUGAGACAGCAAUUUUAAGUGAAGACACUAAUACUCAGAGUCUCCUCCAUGGCUUCUACCAGUUUGUUCGCCCACAUCACAAAAAGAGGUUUGAUGAAAAUUGCCAGGAGCUGACAGGGAAGGGCUGUGGAUACAAACCUGAUCACACUCUGUCCAAGGAUGAGAAGAAGACUGUAAUGCUGCAGAACGGUUCUGCAUCAAAGAAUGAAGUCCACACUACUUUUCUGACUGAUGUGAAAAAAGCUCUUGGAGCAGAGAGAUCGACACAGCUCUUUCAGGCUAUUCACACCUACAAAAAGACAGACAACUAUGAAAAACUGGUGACCACAGCAGUGAGCUUAUUCACUGAGAGAGAUGAGAACUUCGGCCUUCUUGUCAGAUUUGGUAUGUUUAUUCGUCCUAACCACAAGAAGCAGUACAAAGACAUGUUGGAUGGCUUGAUAGGUCAGCCAGUCUCUGCUCCUGAUGUUCCUGUUAUGAUUGAGGAGCAGCAAGAACAACCGGAAGCUUCGCUGUUGUCUCCUUUGAGGUCCCAAAGCAAGAUUUCCAGUUUUUUCUCAAGCAGCCAAAGAAGAUAGAAUGCAAGUGAAUGCUAAAUGAAUAGUCCAGAAUUCCGUAUUGAAUUCAGGUUAUUAUAGUUCAAACUAACUUGAGUCAAAUUUCUAUGCCUGUCUUCAGUGACCAUCCCAGGAACAAGUCUGUUCCUCUGCUGAAAACAAAUCAGAGUAGAUCUUCUUUUUUUUUUAAACUUGUUCUUGAUGUUUGAUGUUUUGAAUGUAACUGUAAAUAAAUUGGCUUUCUUUCCAUGUGAUGAAAUGUAAAUCUGAUAUGGAUAAAUAAAAUCUUUUUCAUUUUUUAAGAUAAUUGAA